GCAGACCGCGCCACUUUACAACACUAAAUCAUUACUUUCAUAUUUUUGACUUGACUUCCCCGACUUAUUUCGGUUUCCAAUCCCAAUCCUCCUAGUUAUGUUGUUCCUAAAGGACAAGCUCUCCAAACUGCAUUUGGCAGAGCACACGGUGAUCAUACCGAGCAUCUGCGUGGGAAAUGCGGCGCAGCUGGCUUGCGACCUGUUGAUCGCCUCAAAGCAACUCCGCCGGAUAGGGUCCCUGACCCAUCCGGCCCUGAUUCCAGUGUACGGACCCUCUGCCUACCAGCACGAGCCCAACGAGAAGGUCUCUUCCUGCGAGCUGUACGAGGGCUCUGAGGACAAACUUCUGGUGGUCCAGUUUCGAGCUCCAUGGGUCGCCCGCCACACAGCCAGUUUCCAGAGGGAACUGGUGGAGCUGCUCAAGGGCGCCCGCCGUGUGGUCAUUCUAAGUGGCAGCUUCGGCUUCGAGAAACGUGUGAUUGAGGAGUCGCCGUGGGCUUACCGCGCCAGCGACAACUUUAAGGAGGCUCAUGCCGCCCAACUGGGAAACCAGGAGCUGAUCAAGUGGAAGGAACACAAGGGUGAGGCCAUCUAUGGCGGCGGCAAUGCGCUCCAGCUCUUUAAGUCUUUUGACGAGCAGAAGGUGCCCGUAAUGCUGCUCUUCCGAUAUCUGCUCGAGGGCGACAACUCCACGGACGCUUCUCUGAUUGUCAGAGAAUUGAACGAGCUUUGCGAGGAUUUCCUCCAGCUGCGCAAUGGCGGCGACGGUAGUUUUAAGCUCACGGUGCCCAAGUCCUGGAACCUGCUUUUCGGCAACGAUGUAACGGAACUACUGUUUUAAGCGUCUAUAUAUAUUUCAUGAUGGUUUCAAAUAAAUGUUAAUCUUUUGGUGUAGGAUAAAAGAGA